GGCACUUCGUUGUCGUGUGCGGCGUGGCUCUGUCCCUUCCCAAAGGAGUGACUGCUGUCUCCUUGCUGCAGCAGAAGCAGCAGCAGCAAGAGGAGCAGCAGCAACAGCAGCAGCAACAGCAGCAGCAACAGCAGCAAUCGCAGCAGCAAGCACAGCAGCAGGAGAAGAAUGGUUCUGACUGUGGAGCUGCUGCUUCUGCUGCUGCUGCUGCUGCUGCUGGUGCUGGUGCUGCUGCUUGGGGUACAGAAGUUAAUGCCGGGGAGACACUUGUUUGUCUGAAGCAGCUGCAGCAGUUGUUUGCUGCUGGAAUUCGCAGCUGCGACGUCAGAAGUUUUCUCUUAGUAGAUCCGUUAAAGCCCCGACCCAUAUGGGUUAACCCCUUUAGAUUUGAUGCAUGCAGAGACGCAGACGGGACAGACAACGACUUAGUUAUAAUUCAGAUGCCGCCUCAGCUGCAGAAGGCCUGGCUGGCGAAGCAGUCUCUCUGCUGUACUUAG